GAUUUCCGCUGUCGGGAACUUCCGCUUCCGCUGGUGCCAGUCGUGAGCUGAGACAGACCAACAGUUUUAUCUCUAGAUGGAAGUAAAAGGUCAAUGAACCAGAGUGCGGUCGACAAAAAUGCGUGUUCAUCAGGAUAUUAAAGAACUAAAUAAGAUAAUGUGAAGACGCGUAUAAAACCUUCUAUAUCGUAUUUGGUGCACAGGGAAGAUCCAACAGCAGAUUCUGAUUAUAUAAGCAAAGAAAACCAUAUCAGGAGGAACAAAUAUGUCACACACCGAGCUGUCUACAGUGGUGGGCGAAUUUCGGGAACUGGAUUUGAAAUUUAAACGCGGUUCUGAUCUGGAUGUUGCAGAGAGGGGUUACGCACGGAAGUUGGUUCACGCUAUAAGUACUCAAAAUCAGGUUUUGGAGUGUGAAGCCUUGAAAGGUCUUGGAGACUUGUACCUGCACAAAGCAAAGAUGAAGAAGCAUAAAGCAGAGAACUUCCACAAGGCCUGCUCGUUGUACACAGAACUCUUACGAUAUUACACUAGUACUGAUGAGAAGCAAGUUGUACAGCAUCGCAUCAGAUAUGCGGAGAAAUGCACGAAACUGGUCCAUGAUCAAGAGGUUCUAAAAGCGUGUGGUACGAAUACAGGUAAUACCAUAUUGGAUGUGUCCACAACCCUUCACGAAGUGAAAAAGAAGUCCAAGUUGAAAAGACAUGGUACGAUGCCCUUGAUUGAAGGUUAUACAAAUUCGUUAGUGAAAGCAAUCGUGGAAGGAAACAAACGUUUGGAAAUAGAAUCCUUGAAGAGCCUGGGAGAUGUGUACCUAGAGAAGGGAAGGGUUGGUAAGGACGAGACAGCGUUCAGUAAAUCAGCUGGUCUGUACCGAGCGGCGCUGGACCGCUGUGAAGAUUCAGACGGCAGAGAAACGCUAAGACACCGCAUCAAGUACGCGGAGAGAGUCAAGGAUAAAGAACGCAAGAAAAACCGAGAAACGGGACGGACCAGAAACAACAAAGUUGGAAACAGCAGCAAAGUGGAAGAGGAGGGCACAGUCAGAACGUACCAAGACCAGCUACAGGAGGGCUGCAGGGCCCUGCAGACAGGGGACCUGGACACGGCAGAACGUAACUUUGCAGCAGCGCUCAAGGCCGUUCAUGGGAAAGGACAGCGCUGGAAAGAGACAGAGCCCAUUUGCAAGUUGAGCGAUGUCUACCUGAAGAGAGGCAAGCAGUCAAAAGACGGAGGUGAUUUUACCAAGGCUGCAGCACUCAGUAACGCAGCACUGGUGAGAGCAAAGACAGAAGACAGAGAAGUCAUCAAACACUCAACCCAGGAAAUAUCCCAAUCAUUUGUUCAGCACGUCCUGAGUAUCGAACAAACGGUACCCACGGAUGACGUAGAGAAACACAAAUCGGUGUUAACAGAAUGCCGCUGCUAUGUGGAAGAAGAAAUCAAAAGAAUUGAGCAGCAGAUAGAUCCUUACAGCCUAGAUGACAACGACCCAGAGAUCAUGGAAGUAGAAAAGAAGAGAGUGGAAGCAAACAAAGCAUUGCUUGACACUAUUAUUCAUCAGCGAAGAACAUUCAUAGCUGGCCUUGUAGAUGAGUGUAUGGAGGUUAUGGGCCCCCCUCCCUGCAAGUACGCCAUGAUAGGACUGGGUUCACAGGCCACAGGGUUAGUAACGCCAUACUCCGAUCUGGAGUUUGCAAUUUUGAUAGAGGAGGAAACAGAAAACAGUCUAAAAUACUUUCAAAACCUCACACAUUACCUUCAUCUCAAAGUGAUCAAUCUUGGGGAAACCAUUCUCCCUGCCAUGGCGAUCAAGUCUCUCAAUGACUUCGAGUCAAAGAACAAGCUUGACGACUGGUUCUAUGACUCUGUAACGCCACGUGGUUUUUCUUUCGAUGGAGCCAUGCCACAUGCAUGUAAAACUCCACUAGGGAGAGGUAAAACAUGCCUUCUUAUUCGCACACCAAGCCACAUGGCCAAAUUUCUUGAAGAUGACGUUAAGCUACAUCUUAAGAAAGGCUACCACCUAGCGAGUGUGUUGGGAAGUGUAUCAUUAAUUACUGGAGAACAAGGCUUGGUCGACAAAUACACCGUUGCAUGGAAUCAACAACUGAAGAAAAAUGGAAGUGAAAUUGCCAGAUUACUAGCAAACACUAUGUUGAUGGAAAAUACCAAGACUUUUGAAAUGCAGAAUCCGACUUCCCGAAUGCUGAAUGUAAAGAAAGAAGUUUAUCGCUUUUCAAGCCUUGCUGUAUCUUGUUGGGCACUGCUCUGUGACAUACAGCCGAAAACAAUCUGGGAGACUAUACAGACUAUGUACAAGAAGGAUGCCAUUAGUGAUAAGAACGCACAUCACUUAAUGGUUCUGGUCAGCAUCUCAGCAGAACUGAGGUUGCGAACUUACAUGAACAAUCGUGGUCAGGUGGAAAACCUAUCAGUCUUGUCGUCACUGUCAGUCAAUGCUGACAUUGAGGAAAAAACAAAGAGAAUUUUUCACUUCUCCAAUGUAAAACAGCUCAUGAGAUACUACUACACGGCAACACCUUUGAAGUACUUUGUUCAGCAAAUUAGCAACGGUCAACCAGUAGAAGAGCCCUCGACUCUAUUUGACAACUCUUUAAUGCUGCAAGCAGAUGUUUACGAAAGUCUGUGUGACUACAACCAAUCAAAGGCAUGCAUUGAGCGGGCACUUGAAGCAGAGCUAUCAACACACGGAACGGGUGCGAUUCAUCCUUUUAUUGCUGGGUUGCUUAGUAAGUUGGGUCUGGCCUGGGGUAACCUUGGUGAUAACAGAAAAGCCGUCAGCUAUCAUCAACAGUCAUUACAGAUGGGGCGGAAUAUUUUUGGAGAGGGCAAGGCACAUCCUGAUGUCGUCUUGUCACUUAACAACUUGGGUCUGGCCUGGAGUGUUCUUGGUGAUAACAGAAAGGCCGUUCGCUAUUUUGAACAGGCAUUGCAGAUGGAGCGGAGUAUUCAUGGUGAGGGUAAUGCGCAUCUUGACAUCGCCUUGUCACUUAACAACUUGGGUACCGCCUGGAGUCACCUUGGUGAUCAAAUAAAGGCAAUCGGCUAUUAUGAACAGUCACAGCAAAUGAAACGGAGUAUUCAUGGUAAGGACAACGUACAUCCUGAUAUAGCCGGGUCACUUAACAACUUGGGUACCGCCUGGAGUGACCUUGGUGAUUACAGAAAGGCCGUCAGCUAUCAUGAACAGGCACUAGAGAUGAUGCGGAGUAUCUAUUGUGAGAGCAACGCACAUCCUGAUAUCGCCUCGUCACUUAACAACUUGGGUGCCGCCUGGAGUCACCUUGGUGAUCAAAGUAAGGCCAUCAGCUAUUAUGAACAGGCACUAGAGAUGAUGCGGAGUAUCUAUGGUGAGGGCAACGCACAUCCUGACAUCGCCUCGUCACUUAACAACUUGGGUGAGGCCUGGAGGCAUCUUGGCGAUUACAGAAAGGCCGUCAGAUAUUAUGAACAGGCACUAGAGAUGAGGUGGAGUAUCUAUGGUGAAGGCAACGCACAUCCUAAUAUCGCCUCGUCACUUAACAACUUGGGUGCCGCCUGGAGUGACCUUGGUGAUUACAGAAAGGCCAUCACCUAUUAUGAACAGGCACUAGAGAUGAAGCGGAGUAUCUAUGGCAUCGCACAUCCUGAUAUCGCAAGAUCACUUCACAAUCUGUAUGUUGCCUGGAGAAUCCUUGGUGAUCACAGAAAGGCCGCCUCUUAUUAUGCUCAGUUACUAAACAGAUGAUUGAAGAGACCUAUAGACAUUGAUAUUGCCACUUUAAUUAUUAACUUUUUAUGUCCAUAAAUGAUUCAAAAGCUGCAUAGAAAACGUUUAUAAGAUAUCUGAAUAUGAUUGUGAAGUAUGAUUAUUUUCGAUUCGUUUAAAAACGUGAACAUGAAGCAUUUAAUGUUAAGUAUUACCAUGUAGCUAGAAAAGAGAGCUCCAUGGUAUUACCUUGCCGAUAUAUUUUAUUUGUUUUAAAUGUAGUAAUAUCCAUCAUUGCCAUAUAUAUAUUUGUGUAUCUAACAUUGAAGAACACACAAAUGUGCUGUUUAGCUGUCAUAAAUCCAGAGUGCGUAUUUAUCCUCAGGCGACGUACCAAAAUUAUGAAAAUAUGAUGUUACCUACAUGAAAAUGCAUU